AUGUCUGAAGAGGAAUAUACUUCAAAAAAUCUAACAGAUAUCUCUAGUCAGUUUAAUGAACAAUCUAAAUUUAAUAAUUCAUCUGAUGAAAAUCCUUCUAAUCAGACUUCUAAAACAUAUCCUGAAAAGGACGAGGAAUUUGCAUCCUUCUUUUCACAUAUAUUUAAGAGUAAUGAAGAACAAAUGAAUACUUAUCAGUCUUCUGAAAUAAAUGAAGAUGACAGUUUACUAAGUUCAUCAUUAUUAAAAACUGAGUUAGUUGCAGAAUCUCAGUCUUUUUCUGACAUGCUAUCUGAUAAAGCAUUAGUAAAUAAUUAUCCACAACUAUUCAAAGAAAAUCAGAAAGAACUUUCCUCAGAGACAGAAAAAUUUACUGUUAACCUUAAAGCCAAGGGUUUGCAUGAUUUCCCUAUGGACACUUUAAGAGUAAAAUAUAUAACAUACCUCUAUUUAGAUGAGAACCAAAUUAAGAGCUUAAAAGAAGCAGAUUUAAGAGAUCUAUUAGGACUUGAAAUUCUAUCCCUGCAAGAAAAUGAGUUAUCAUCACUUCCACCUGAAAUUCAUUUACUUCAAAAUUUAAAAAUACUAAAUGUCAGUCACAAUCAAAUAUCACAUAUACCUAAAGAAAUAUCACAGCUCAGUAAUAUAACACAACUCUUUUUAAAUAACAAUGACAUUGCUAUUUUUCCUUCUGGCUUAGAAAAGCUUGAAAACUUGGAAAUUUUAAGUUUGGCUAAAAAUAAGUUAAAGGACAUACCUGAGAGCCUGUCUAGUUUGAAAAAAUUAAGCAUUCUCAAUCUUGAAUAUAAUCAAUUAACAAUAUUUCAUACAUCUCUAUGCUUCCUUCCAAAUUUAAUUUCAUUAAACCUUACUGGAAACCUGAUAAGCAGUUUACCAAAAGAAAUCAAGGAGCUUAAAAAUUUAGAAAGUCUUUUUCUGGAUCAUAAUAAACUUACAUUUCUGUCUGUGCAAAUAUUUCAACUACUCAAAAUAAAAGAACUCCAACUGACGGAUAAUAAGUUGGAAGUUAUUUCACACAAAAUUGAGAAUUUUAGGGAACUAAGAAUUCUAACACUUGAUAAAAAUUUAUUAAAAGAAAUACCAGAGAAAAUUUCCCAUUGUAUGAUGUUGGAAUGCCUUAUUCUUAGUGAUAAUCAAUUAAGAGAACUUCCUAAGAAUAUCCAUAAGCUUAAAAAUUUAAGAAAACUACAUGUAAAUAGAAAUAAUAUAGAGAAAAUCACUGAAGAUAUUUCCCAUCUUAACAAUAUGUUCAGUCUGGAGUUUUCAGACAAUUUAAUCACAGAAAUUCCCAUUGAGAUAAAAAACUGCACAAAAAUAACUAAAGUUGAAUUUAAUAAUAAUAAAAUAAUAUAUUUUCCAGUAGGUUUGUGUGCUUUGGAUACUCUCUCUUAUUUGAGUUUUAAUGGAAACUAUAUUACAGAAAUACCUAUUGAUCUAUCAUUUAGCACACAACUGCUUCAUUUAGAGUUGAAUAAAAACAAGCUCUACAUAUUCUCUGAUCACUUAUGUUCUCUUACUAAGCUGAAAUACUUGGAUCUUGGUAAAAACCAAAUAAGGACAAUUCCUCAGUCUAUCUACAACAUGGUAUCACUUCAUACUCUUAUCUUAUGCUGUAAUAAGUUUGAUGCUUUCCCUAUUGAAGUGUGCACUUUAAGAAAACUGCAAGUACUUGACCUUUCAGAAAAUCAAAUACCAAACAUCCCUUCAGAUAUCUGUAACUUAGAAGAAAUCCAAAAACUAAAUUUAGCAAGCAACCAAUUUUUAUAUUUUCCAACUGAAUUAUGCCAACUUCGAUCACUGGAAGAACUAAAUAUAAGUCAAUUAAAUGGAAGAAAGCUAACAAGACUUGCAGAAGAACUGUCUGAGAUGACUCAACUUAAAAGACUUGAUAUUUCGAAUAAUUCAAUCACAGAGAUUCCAAAAACUAUAGAGGAACUGAAAAGUUUGGUUAGUUUAAAUGCACACAAUAAUCAAAUAAGUUAUUUUCCACCAGCAUUUUUAGCUUUAAAUGAUCUCCAACAACUAAACAUGAGUGGAAACAAUCUGACAGCUCUACCUAGUAAUAUCUCCAGACUUUGUUCACUGAAGGAAAUAAAUUUUGAUAAUAAUCCUCUGUUAAGACCACCAAUGGAAAUCUGUAAAGGAAAACAGUUACAUACUAUUAUACACUAUCUACAGAGGGCAGAUGAAAGAGAUGAGAAAAUCUUAGUAAAGAUAAUUACAAUAGUUGCUACUAGCAUCACUGAAAGAAAUUUUGAAUUUUUGUGUCAAAAAUUGAAGCUGACAACCUUGGAAAAUGAUAUGUCUACAAAAAGCACUAUUUCAUUAAGGGAGAGAGUCUAUCAAGUACUUAAUUCAUGGAAAACAGACAACUUGUCAAAAACUACCUCUGCUUUAACAGAUCAACUAAUUCGGGCACUUACAAUGAUAGGAGCAUAUGAAAUUAUGGACAAAAUAAGAGCCUUAAAGCUUUCUACAAGUGUAAUUAAAUUCUGA